UCCUCUGGCACAUCUCGGAAAAGAGGCAGCUGAGCUCACUCUCCCUCCCGAGCCGGAGCCCCAGGGCGCUCUCUCAUCUCUCCAUCCGCAGCCGGCCCCCAGGAGUCGGGGACGCCUGGGUUCUUGGGCCCUUUGCCUGUCUUCCCCGUGGCCCUUUCUCCUACUCCUGCUUCCCUCCCCGCCACUUUCCUUCCCUUCCUCCUCCCUCUCCAGCCCCGCUCUCACCGCAGAGACGUGGACUCCUGGGUCCCUCUGCGGCACCCCCUUUUUCUUGUCCCUCUGGGUUUCUCCCUAGUCCUGCUUUUCCUCUCUCCCUCAUUCCUUUGGUUCUCCCCAACAUUGGGCCAGGCCGGGGCUGGGGGCCCGGGGCCCGGGGUGCCCUCGGGCGCAGGGUGGAGCGGGCAGGGCUCCGCAGGAUGUACCCCCAAGGCAGGCCUCCGACUGGACAGCCCUUCAAGUUCUCUAUAUUGGAGAUAUGCGACCGCAUGAAGGAAGAAUUUCAGUUCCUGCAGGCUCAGUACCACAGCCUCAAACUGGAGUGUGAAAAACUGGCCAGUGAGAAGACUGAGAUGCAGCGUCAUUACGUCAUGUAUUACGAAAUGUCCUACGGCCUCAACCUGGAAAUGCAUAAGCAGGCAGAGAUUGUGAAAAGACUCAGCACCAUCUGUGCCAAGAUCAUCCCCUUUGUGAAGCAGGAGCACCAGCAGCACGUUCUUCAGGCUGUGGAGAGAGCCAAGCAAGUGACCACAGCAGAGCUCAACAGCAUCAUCGGGCAGCAGCAGUUACAGCACCUGUCACACCACAUUCCACCUGUACCCUUGACCCCCCACCCUGCAGCAGGGCUGCUAGCCCUGUCUGGAGCCCUGGCCACCCAAGCCCAGCUGGCAGCUACUACCACUACCACUGAUACUACUACCAAGGAGGAUCAGAGGAUCCCAAGCACUGGGGAACUUUCAGCAGGCAGAGGCCACAGCAGCCGGAGCCCAUCUCCUUCACCCUCAGACAGCCUAGUGGAGGAAGAGUGGCUCAUUGGUCAGACACACAAACAGGAAGAGAAAGACCUUCUGGGAAACUAUGACAGUGACGGGGACAAGAGUGAUUAUAAUCUGGUGGUGGAUGAGGAUCCUGUCUCAGAACCCCUCAGCCUGGUGCCCACACCCAGCCCAAAGCUGCUGACCCAUGUGGAUCUGCCUGACAGCCCAGCCUCUUUGGCCUCGAGCCAGGCCGGAUCGACCCCCAGAGGCAAGGAUCCCAGCCUGAAGGUACUUUGUGUCAGCUCGCCUCCAAUGGGCAAGUCCAGCAGCCCCUCCUCCUCCCCAGACACUGCCACAGCCGGCUCCAGCUCUGGCAGCCACCUGGGCCAGCUUGGUGCCAAACCACUGGCUACCAUGGACAGCGCUGCCUUGAGGAGCCCCCUGCCCCUGCCUGGCGCCUUCGCGGCCUCCCUGGGCGCGGGAGCCCUACUCAGUGGGGACGCGGCCGUGCCCAGCUCCUACGUGAGCCUUCACCUGUCCCCACAGCUCAGCGGCCCCGUGGCGUACGGCCGCUCCCCCAAGCAGAUAGACGUGGAAUCUCACUCCCACCUCCGGGCGUCUGUCCUCUCCUCCACCUUGCCUGGCAUUCCUGGGGGAAAGUCGGCUUACUCUUUCCACGUGUCUGCGGAUGGGCAGAUGCAGCCGGUGCCCUUCCCCUCCGACGCCCUCCUGGGCACGGGCAUCCCCAGGCACGCGCGGCAGCUGCACACCCUCACCCACGGGGAGGUGGUCUGCGCCGUCACCAUCAGCAACUCCACGCAGCACGUCUACACGGGGGGCAAGGGCUGCGUGAAGGUGUGGGACGUGGCCCAGCCCGGCACCAAGACUCCCGUGGCCCAGCUGGACUGCUUGAACCGGGACAACUACAUCCGCUCCUGCAAGCUGCUGCCGGAUGGGCGCAGCCUGAUCGUGGGCGGGGAAGCCAGCACCCUGUCCAUCUGGGACCUGGCGUCCCCCACCCCCCGCAUCAAGGCCGAGCUCACCUCCUCGGCGCCCGCCUGCUACGCCCUGGCCAUCAGCCCCGACGCCAAGGUGUGCUUCUCCUGCUGCAGCGACGGCAACAUCGUGGUGUGGGACCUGCAGAACCAGGCCAUGGUCAGGCAGUUCCAGGGCCACACGGACGGGGCCAGCUGCAUCGACAUCUCCAACGACGGGGCCCGGCUGUGGACGGGCGGCCUGGACAACACGGUGCGCUGCUGGGACCUGCGGGAGGGCCGCCAGCUCCAGCAGCAUGACUUCAGCUCCCAGAUCUUCUCCCUGGGCCACUGCCCCAACCAAGAGUGGCUGGCGGUGGGCCUGGAGAGCAGCAGCGUGGAGAUUCUGCACGUGCGGAAGCCGGAGAAGUACCAGUUACACCUGCACCAGAGCUGCGUCCUCUCUCUCAAGUUCUCCUCCUGUGGGAAGUGGCUUGUGAGCACCGGCAAGGACAACCUGCUCAACGCCUGGAGGACCCCCUACGGAGCCAGCAUCUUCCAGUCCAAAGAGUCGUCCUCUGUCCUCAGCUGUGACAUUUCUGGCAACGACAAGUACCUGGUGACGGGCUCGGGCGACAAGAAGGCCACCGUGUACGAGGUGGUCUACUGAGCCCGGCCCCUCCUCCUGCCCCUCCCCCAGAGCUGGGGCCGGAGCCGCUGACCUUCUCCAGAGUAAAUAAAGGCCUCCAUCCCA